GGUUGGGCACUCCCACCAAUGAGAGGCCGGGGGCCCUAUGGCCGUUACAGGAAGAGGGGCCCUGGGCAGGUAGGGCGGUUGGUUCCCGUAGGACAGACAUGGAGCAGAGUGUGGGUGCCGGUGUGGGUGCCGGUGUGGGUGCCGGGGGCUGUGCCGGGGACUGUGCCACGUUGGAGCGGCUGCGCCAGGAGGGGCGACUGUGUGACGUGGAGCUCAGCGCCGGGGGGGCCACUUUCUCUGCCCAUAAGAUCAUUCUGUGCGGCUGCAGCUCUUACUUCAGGCAGCUGUUCACGGGCUCGUGGAGCGACCCAAUGAGAUCGCGGUACUGGAUCCCGGGCCUCUCGCCGGAGAUGCUGCGGCUCAUCCUGGACUUCGCCUACACGGGCGCCGUGGGCGUCACCGCCGACAACGCGGAGGAGCUGUUUGUGGCCGCCGACCAGUUCAGCGUUAUGGGCGUGGCCAGGGCCUGCGUGGCCUUCAUGGGCUCCCAGCUGUGCCCGCAGAACUGCCUGGGCAUGUGGCGAUUCAGCGCCUACUACCCGUGCCCGGAGCUGCGCCAGCGAGCCCACUCCUUCCUCCUGCGCCACUUCCAGCAGGUCGGCGCCGAGUCGCCCGAGUUCCGCACCGCGGCGCCCCAGGAGCUGGCAGAGAUCAUUGGCUCCGACCAACUCAACGUCCAACAGGAGGAGGCGCUGUUCCAGCUGAUUGUGCAGUGGAUAAAGAUGGAGCCCGAGACCCGCAGAGACGCCAUCUCUAAUCUGCUCCCCAAGGUCCGCCUGGCGCUGAUGAAUACGGACUACUUGCUGAACACGGUGCAGGAUCACGAGUACGUGGCGCACAGCGAGCCGUGCCAGUCUCUGGUCACCCAUGCCCUCAGGCUCAGGUACGGCCUCGACAUGAACGGACCAUCCGCCUUCGAUUUCCACAACCCGCUGACCAGGCCCCGCCUCCCAUACAACAUCCUGUUUGCUAUUGGGGGCUGGAGUGGGAGGAGCCCGACCAGCGCCAUCGAGGUGUACGACGAGCGAGCUGACCGCUGGGCGGAGCUAGAGGGGCACAGUCCCAGGGCGUAUCACGGGGCGGUCUUCCUGGGCAACUUCAUCUACGUUCUCGGCGGCUUCGACAGCGCCGACUACUUCAACACGGUGAGAAGGUUCAGUUUGGCGCAGAGACGGUGGGAGGAGGUGUCGCCCAUGCACACCCGGCGCUGUUACCUGAGCGUGGCCGUGCUGCACGGGUACAUUUACGCCAUGGGGGGGUUCGACGGCUACGUGCGCCUCAACACCGCCGAGCGCUACCAACCCCACACCAACCAGUGGUCUCUCAUUAGCACCAUGCACGAGCAGAGGAGCGACGCCAGCGCCACCGUGCUGCACGGGAAGGUUUAUAUUUGUGGCGGCUUCAAUGGCAACGAGUGUCUCCCUACAGCCGAGGUCUAUAGCCCCGACACCAACCAGUGGAGCCUGAUUGCACCAAUGGGCAGCCGGCGCAGCGGAGUGGGCGUGGUCACCUUCCUGGAGCAGAUCUUUGCGGUGGGGGGCUUCGAUGGGACGGAGCGGCUGAACAGCGCGGAAUGUUACGCCCCGAACACUAACACCUGGAGCCAGGCCCCGCCCAUGUUCAACACUCGCAGCAACUUCGGCAUCGAGGUCCUGGCCAAGCGCCUGUUUGUACUGGGGGGGUUCAACGGGGCCACAACCACCUGCAACGCGGAGUAUCUGGACGGCGAUGCCAACGAGUGGUUCGAUGCCGCCGACAUGGGCAUCUUCCGUAGCGCCCUCAGCUGCUGUGUGGUACCCGGGGGGCCCGACGUAUGGGACUUCCUGCAGCGCCCCGACCCCCAGCAGCCAAGCCACGCCCCCAGCAGCCAAGCCACGCCCAGUGACAGUACCAUCCAAUCUGAACACAGUACGAGAUCCAGCCAAUGACAUUCCCAGAAACUUCUAUAAAAUCAAAUAAAAACAGCAAAAAAUG